AGUAAAAUAUCGAAAAGCGUCGAGCGUGAUCUGUUUUUCUUUUCGGACAAUUGUUGGAAUAGGAAGUCAAUUACACUAUCGAAUAGACGUGUUAUUAGGACUCCUUUGAUGGAGGGUGUUCCAGAUUGAAGGCGACAUCUCCAAAUUCAAAAUCCGUACACGAAACUACGCAACCUACAUAAAUUUACUUCGUAAGAGUUCCAAGUUGUAGCGUCCUUUCGACUGUACCAAACAGGAUUCGUCAUUGUUUGCAAACGAAGAACGUAAUGUUACGUAAAUCAUGGACGAACACAAUUAUCCAAGUUCCGUCUGGACUUCUAAUUAAUUGAAAGACAGUCGCAGACCAACGAUAUGUGAAGAGUUCUUGAAAUUUGAUAUACUUUCAUCUUCUGUAAUCUUCAUCACAUUAUCUGAUUUGGGUUACUUGACCAUGUUUGACAGCGACAUUGACAGUUGGUACAAAUGGAAACGAGGAGAUGAUAUUAAUAAUACCUGCACCGGGAUCAAUGCUUAUGCUAUGAACGGUGUACGGUUGACCAAUUCUGGUCCUUUAAAUCACUCGCAGUCGAAUAACCACCUAAGGGAAACUUCCUCGAGCAACGGAUUACUUCGCUACGAUCCGAUUUCUACCAGCUCUAAAUUGGGUUCGGAAGUUCGAUUCAUCAAUCCGGCGAUAUACGCCGAAACUGUAAACAAUGAUGACGAGGAGCAAGAGGUUGAGAUUCGAGUGAAGGUCAGCUCGAAGAAAGACGGACAGAUCGGUAAUCAUGGUGACUUCUCGCAAAUGAGUGACAUGAUGACCACGCUGUCUAUCAAUAAUGAUCUGGCUACCUCCUUCGGGGAUCAUUCCGGUGAUCCAAAUUCAGCUCAAGAAACGUAUCGCUGUUAUUCCUUGAAUUCUCCUACUGCAUCCUAUAAGUCUGAAGUCAUGCGUUCCAAGUCUGUAACUUCCUGCAGACCCACCACUCGUAUUGAGAGACGCUGCAAAAUCAUUGACAUAGGGGAUAAGGAUGAUAGGAUGUGUGCUAGGCAAAUCAACUCGGGAGAGGAGAGGUACGUCGUGAACGGUCAUCGGGUGUCUACAACAUCGUUGUCCAGCAUCCGAAUCUCCGAGAGCAGAUCAAACGACGGCGAGUACCUGAAGAAGAUUACGUACAGCGAGUGGAUUCGAAGGAAACAGGAAACGAUUCGACGAAAAAAGGAGGAAGAAGAACAAGCUGAGAAGAGGAAACAAAUGGAGGCGGAGAAAUUGGCUCGGGAAAAGGAAGAGAAAGAAUCCCGGGAGCGAGAGAAUUUUUUAAAGUGGACUGAGAAGAAGAAACGGGAAGAAGAGAAGAAGAAAGCCAUGGUCGAGAAGGAACUGAAUUUACAGAAGCAGUUGAAAGAGUUCGAAGAUGAAACGGCUGUUGUCAAGAGUCUGCAUCUUCUUCAGUGGAAUCGUAAGAAGAAAGAGCAAGAGAGAGCACGUCGAAAGAAAGAGGAAAUGAAGCAGAAGCAGUUGGAGGAAGAGAAGCAGAGGAGAUUGGAGGAGAGCAGAAAGGCGUAUGAGAAUUGGCGAAAAAUGGCGAAGAACAAACCGAAACCGGCUACACAGGGACUUCUACCUCAUCAGAAAGCAAAGCCAGCAUACGUAAAUCCCACUCCGUGGCAACGAAUUGUGGAAGACACGGAAGAGAGCGAAGAAAAUGGAUCAAACUAUAGGAAAACGCAAGGUCAAUCGAAGAUUAACCCGAGAAGACAACCUUUAUCUUAUGAUUGAUUAAAAAUGCUAACGUCAAGAGAA